AUGUCUAUGACGCACGACUUGACCCAGCUGGCAUUGUCUUCCCCGGCCCGAGAUGGUGACGCAUCUAGGAGCCCUGGAUUGAAAUCUUUCUCGUUGGGAGAUGGCAUCGUUGUCUUUUCUGGUGGCACAGCUGCCAACUCGCUUGUCGAUGUGUUCGAGCAUGUGCGUGAGGCCAAGAAGUGCACGCUACACUACGUAAUACCCAUCUCUGAUAAUGGUGGGAGCACCAGUGAGGUGAUUCGAGUCUUCGGUGGACCAGGCAUUGGAGAUGUGAGGUCCCGUCUCGUGAGGCUCAUCCCUGAGAAUGGGGACAAGGAAACCACCGCUAUCCGCCAAUUCUUCAAUCACCGUCUUGCCAAGUCGUAUGAAGAGGCUAGGGCCGAGUGGGUGAACAUCGUCGAAGGGACACACCCCCUCUGGAACAACAUCUCCUCACCAAGAAGAGAGCUCAUCCGCUCCUUCCUUAACAGCUUCAAUCAGGAAGCUGUCAAACGCAUGAGGCCAAGUAGCCGCUUCGACUACUCUUCCGCGAGCGUAGGCAAUCUUUUCCUGACGGGAGGUCGCCUGUUCACUGGGAGCUUCGAGGCCGCCAUCUACCUCUUCAGCUCCAUUUGCAGUGUUCCCGAAAAGGUCGCUGUCCUGCCGGCACUAAACAGCAACUUUGCCCACCAUAUCGCCGCGGGCUUGGCAAACGGAGAUGUUAUCACCGGCCAGAAUGAUAUCUCCCACCCCAGCGUACCGACGGCUGCAGUACCGAGUUCCGAGGCCUCUCUGAAAAGGCAGAGAGACACCGAAGAGCACGAUAAAGUCGAGGACGCAAACUUGCCGGGCACGCUGCCGGCCCUGCGGAAACCUGCCAUCUCGUUCUCGAAAGAGGACGAGGAAGAGCUCCCCGCGCGUAUCGAGAGAGUGUGGUAUAUCAAUCCGUAUGGCCAGGAAAUUCGCAUCGCCGCCAAUCCGCGUGUGAUUGAGGCGUUAGAGAAGUGUGACAGUGUUGUUUAUAGCAUCGGCUCCUUAUUCACCUCUCUCAUUCCCAACCUCGUCCUGAAGGGCGUGGGCGAUGUUAUCGCUUCCAAUCCCGCCAUCAGGAACAAAGUGCUUAUACUUAACGGCACCCUUGAUCGAGAGACCGGACCCUCCACUAACCCUUUUUCAGCCCUUGAUUUUGUGGCGGCGAUCGCGAGGGCAUGUUCAUACUCCCGAGGCAAAGAGCCACCUACAGAGGACGAAUACUGUCUUUACGUGACACACGUUAUUUAUCUUGAGGGUCCUGUUUCACCUGUUGUUGAUAAGAAGUAUUUUGAGAAGCUAGGGAUUGAGACCAAUUAUAAGACCAUGGCGCCAAUCAAGGUUGGCAUCGUAGGCUACGGCUUCUCCACCAAAUGCUUCCACCUCCCUUAUAUCCUACCCAACCCAGAUCUCGAAGUCUACGCCUUCUUACAGCGGGCGGCGCCGCCCUCCGAGGACCCUACGAGGAAGCUCAGGAUGGGCCAUUGUACUGUCGAUUUUCCCGAGAUCAAGCACUAUCGGACAGCCGAUGAUUUUUUUGCCGAUCCAGAGAUUGAGCUUGUUGUCGUGUGUACUUCGACGCAUGAAGAGUUUGUGGAGAGAGGCUUGAAGGCUGGAAAGCAUGUGGUUGUUGAAAAACCGUUCGUUACUAGCAGCGCCAAGGCAGAUGAGCUUAUACAGCUCGCAAAGGAAAAGAACAAGAUAUUGACCGUCUUCCACAAUCGAAGAUUCGAUAGUGAUUUCCGUACCUUGGAAAAGCUCAUCGGCCUGAAGGCCCUCGGCGACAUAAAGGAUGCCGAAAUUCACUUCGACUUUCGCUCUCCGGGCUGGGUUACUUCAUGGAACACGAAGGAAUACUCUCCUGGGCAGGGAAUGGCCUUCGGCCUAGGAACGCAUACCCUCGAUCAAGCGCUCGCCUUGUUUGGCCGCCCAGCCUCCGUCACCGGAUUCCUCCGCUCCAACAGAGGUAUAGUCAGUGACGUAGACGACACUUUCACUAUAAUCCUCCAGUACGACGGUGAUCAAAGGGACUUGACAGUUACUGUCAAGACAGCCAUCGUCACACAUAUGAAGAACCAGCUCAAGUUUUUCAUCCGGGGCACCGAGGGUACUUACUUGAAGUUCGGUUACUGUCCCCAAGAGGCAAGGGCCAUAGCCGCUCCCGGUCAACCCGCCACCGACCCUGACUUUGGCAAGGAAGACCCUAGCAUCUGGGGCGAGCUCUCCACGACACGAGAGAUUGAUCCCAACUCACAAAAGUACGAUGAGCAGAGCAAGCUGUAUAUUGGGAGGUAUCCUAGUUUGGAUGGUUGGUGCAGGGGAUACUAUGAAAACGUUGUGGAUGCGAUUUGGGGUAACGGUGAGGUAAAGAUCAAGCCGGAGGUGGCGAGGGAUGGACUGAGGAUUAUUGAGUUGGCGAGGGAGUCUCAUGAACAGGGACGGACGGUGUCCUGGUCUUAG